GAGGUGCAGACAGCAGUUGGAAAAGCAGGCUGCCUGGGACAUGAGGUUGGCAGAGGGUGUGCAGCAGGCUGGCAGUCAGGGGGACUCACCCUGAGUGGCUGCUCUGAGGCCCUCCCACGCUUGGGAAGCCUGCCAUGCUGCUCUGCAUGCCGCAGGUGCUGUUGGCCCUGGUCCUUCCUCUGCUUCUGGCCCAGGCCGAAGCCAGUCGGAGGGCGGCCACCCGGGCCCGCAACACCACCCUGCCCGCUCUGCUCAGGCUGUCGGAUCAUCUCCUGGUCAAUUACAGGAAGGGGGUGCGGCCCGUGCGGGACUGGAGGAAGCCUACUACUGUGUCCAUCGAUGUCAUCAUGUAUGCCAUCCUCAACGUGGAUGAGAAGAACCAGGUGCUGACCACCUACAUCUGGUACCGGCAGUUCUGGACUGAUGAAUUUCUGCAGUGGACCCCUGAGGACUUUGACAAUAUCACCAAACUGUCCAUCCCCACAGACAGCAUCUGGGUCCCUGACAUUCUCAUCAAUGAGUUUGUGGACGUGGGGAAGUCUCCAAGCAUCCCUUAUGUGUACGUGCAUCAUCAAGGUGAAGUCCAAAACUACAAGCCCCUCCAGGUGGUGACCGCCUGUAGCCUGGACAUCUAUAACUUCCCUUUUGAUGUGCAGAACUGCUCUCUGACCUUCACCAGCUGGCUGCAUACCAUCCAGGACAUCAACAUUUCCCUGUGGCGAUCACCAGAAGAAGUGAGGUCAGACAAGAGCGUCUUCAUGAAUCAGGGCGAGUGGGAGUUGCUGGGAGUGCUGACCCAGUUUCAGGAGUUCAGUAUGGAAACCAGUAGCAGCUAUGCCGAAAUGAAGUUCUAUGUGGUCAUCCGCCGGCGGCCUUUGUUCUACGCAGUCAGUCUCUUGCUGCCCAGUAUCUUCCUCAUGGUUGUAGACAUUGUGGGCUUUUGCCUGCCCCCAGACAGCGGCGAGAGAGUCUCCUUCAAGAUCACACUCCUUCUGGGAUACUCAGUCUUCCUCAUCAUUGUGUCAGACACACUGCCGGCAACAGCCAUCGGCACUCCCCUGAUUGGUGUCUACUUUGUGGUGUGCAUGGCUCUGCUGGUGAUAAGCCUCGCUGAGACCAUCUUCAUUGUGCGGCUGGUGCAUAAGCAGGACCUACAGCGGCCAGUACCAGCCUGGCUAAGGCACCUGGUCCUAGAGAAGACAGCCUGGCUGCUCUGUCUAGGGGAACAGCAGCCCAUGGUCCAUAGGCACCCAGCCACCUUCCAGGCCAACAAGACUGAGGACUGCUCAGCCAUGGGAAACCACUUCAGCCAUGUUGGGGGACCCCAGGACUUGGAGAAGACCCCGAGGGGCAGAGGUAGCCCUCCCCCACCACCUAGAGAGGCCUCGCUGGCUGUGCGUGGGCUCUUGCAAGAGCUAUCCUCCAUCCGCCACUUCCUGGAGAAGCGGGAUGAGAUGCGGGAGGUGGCUCGGGACUGGCUGAGAGUGGGAUACGUGCUGGACAGGCUGCUAUUCCGAAUCUACCUGCUGGCUGUGCUGGCCUACAGCAUCACCCUGGUCACACUCUGGUCCAUUUGGCAUUAUUCUUGAGUAAGCACAACUCGGCAUGGUACAUGGGACUGGUUAGGCUAAGGAUGGAGGAUUUCCCUUUAGGUCCUUCAUUCUGUUUCCAACUCCAACUAGUCUGAGCAAUCCCAAACCAGUGUCUGAACCCUUGGCCCCAAAACUUAGUGUUGAAGACCCAUUCCCAAACCAGUAUCUGAACCCCUGGCCCCAAAACUUAGUGGUGAAGACCCAUUCUGCCUCCCCCACUUUAUUCCCACCCCCCACCAUGGCUUUAAAGCAUGAUAUCCUAGUUCAAGAGAAAUCAAGUACCCUCUAACUUUACCCAUCAAUACAUCAGGCCUCGAUUUCCUUUGCAGUACUUCCUUGAUUAAAGCCCUUGGAACUGCUCAUUUCCACAAAAUUUGUUUGUUUGUUUUUUUUUUUAGCUCAAAGAAAAACUAAUCCUCUAGCAUAGGUGCCUGAAAUUUCUGCAUUCAUUUUAUCCAGCCCCUAAUGGUUCCCUUUUCAGCUCACCAGUGGCCACGU